UACAGCCAAUGAAAAGCAACUAGCUAUAUACGAACUUGGGUAGAGAAUUACUCCAUCUGGAAAAGUACUUCCCAUGCACUACGAAGACCAAAGUUAGCCUUGGGUGAGUAGCAGGGACGUCACGAUCAUUCCCAAGAGGGAGUUCACCUAGCUCAACCCGACGCAAAACACAACUUCUCUGAAAACUGAGCUAUUAAAUACUUGAUGUGAUGGUAUAAGGUUUUACCGGACGAGUUGAUGUUUUCAUUGUUGUUGAGUGAAGACAAAGGACGAUGUCUGGAGCUAAUAUGGAAGCUGAAGAUGGUGCAGUAUUGGAUCCUAGGAUUAAGGAAGAACUUGAACUAUUAAAUACAGCUUCUGCGGAAAUCAAUCGACUAGAAAAACAAUUAGAUGAAUCUCGGCAAGCAUUUCGACAGACCUUAACCGAAUCAACACAAAGUUUGAAUGAGAAGAUCAAGAAAUGUCGAAAAUCAGCUCAAAAAGCUCAGGGUUAUUAUGCAGCCAAGGAGGAGGCAAGAAGGGCUCAGGAGCUUGCCCAAGAAGCAGCGUUACGAUAUCAGCGAGCAUCAAGCAUGUAUUCAGCAGCUAAAGAAACUAUCUCAAUAGCCGAAGAAGCCGCUCUUACAUCAAGGAAACAGAGAGAACAAGACUCUAGAAGACGAUUCGAUUCCGCUCUUCAAGAAAUGCUUAAUCUAUCCACAGAGAAAUUGAAUGCAGCUGAACAGGAAAAGCGUGAAAGUCAAAACGAACAUGAAAAACGUUCUAAACAUUAUAUAACCAGCCAACAACUAGUCGAUCAGCUGGCGAAGAAAUUCAAAAGAUCUAUCAAUAAAUCAGCAGAGUACUAUGAUCUGAAGAAGUCAUUCUUCUAUCAGCUGAACGACCUGAAGACACGAACUGAAGCCUUACAAUGCGCCCUCACUGAAAGCAAGGCCAAGUAUCGAGGAGCUCUGAAGCAUUUGGAGGAAAUCUCAGAUGACAUUCAUCAAUCCCGUCAAGUUGCUGUGAUCCUAGCUGGUAGUCGACAGAGUGGAGUGGGUGCGGAGACAGAGAGUGAAUCGGAACAUGAGAAACUUGAUAUCACAUUCAAUAUUGAUGAUGGCAUGGAUAAUGAUAGCAUUGUUACCGAUUCAUCCGACCCAUCUAGUUGUACAUCACCGCCCUCUAAGUUCACAUCAAGAUCAAUCUCAGGCUCAAGUCUACCAUCUCCCGCUGAGUGGGACAAUACAGAGAAAAAAACAGACAACCAUUUUAACUUCGAGAAUAUUCCAGGCAACAGUCGUAAAGAGAAGCCAAAAAGAGAUUCCCUUCCCAAGAUACACAUGGAAACCGUGGAUGAUGUCGAAGAUGAUGACGACGUUGAUGAUGAAAAUAUUUUUAUUGGCAUUGAUAUCGACAGCGACAGUGACGAUGACACCGAUGGAAAGCUUGAUGUCAAGCGUAAGCUAAGAACAAUCAGCAUUGGUGACCUCAAGUCAUUCAGCGUCUUUGAAGACGGUGAAAACAUCGAUACACUGGUGACGGCUGAUGAAUCGAAUAUCCCGACAUCGAAUCAAUUGACUUCUAAACAAGUGAACGAUCAAACAGUAAAUGAAUCAUGCAACAAUGAUGAUAAUGGUGAUUCAAUCAAACCCGUGAAUGAAACCAUAGAUGAAACUCUCACUGACAACCUUACUGAAAUUGUCACACUCAAUAAAGAUGUUAUGGAUUCUGUUGAUGACGAUACACAGCGUCAAAGAGAUCAACAAGAUGACGGCGGAGAUGAAAUCGAGAAUGAUAAAGCUGAUGAUGACGUCGUUUGGAUAUAAUCGAUUGACAUCUUGAAUGACUGUAACAUGAUUGCGAAUAACAAUCAUUAACUUUAAUCCGUAUUCAUGCCACGAUAUAAGAAUUACAAGGUUCCAUCAUUGUGGCGAGUACGUGUCACUAACGUAAGUUUAGGGUUGAAUUGAAUCCCUUCCUUCCGUGUAUAUCGACCUGACAAGUUCCAUUCUUCUUAGCUAUAAAGUUUCAAGCGGCAAUUUAAAAGAUGUUUUUUUAUAUACUUCCUUAAGUCUUUGAAUGCCUACAUCGCUCUCAUCACAGAACCAUCUCAUUACGAUUGAUCAUCAUCAAUAAGCGACGUCCGUAAUUUAUAAACGAAAAGCAUGACGCAUGCGCAUAAACUUCUUCUAAAGGUUUGAUGCCUUUUGAUUGACACUUUAUAGAUAGAUAGUCAUUUUAUGAAUUCGACUUGAAUGUAUUUCUUUGGUUAAAGUCUGGAACAUUGAAGUCAAUUUAACAACAUUCACCAGCAAAGAUGCUAAGUGAAUGUUUUAAUUUAUCGAAGAAAAAAAAUCCCGUUAUAACUAAAAUACAUUUUAUCUUCAAAAUAAUAUGAAUGUUUGAUGCGACAUGACAGAAUUUAUGAAUAAAAUAUAUAUUAUGUA